GCCAUCUGGUGGUGACAUCUCAAUGUUGCAGCUGUUUCAGGAAAACAAGAUGGCGGCGAGGUCAGCCUGAAGGAGAGGAUCCAUAGUCUUACUAUUAUAAGAGUGAAAGGUGUGCUGAACCAAUGCGUUCAGGACGACACCAAGCCAUGCACUUUCACUCUGGGAAUUUUUCACGUUUUUCAUUAUAAUGUAACACUUCAAAUUUAAGUUUUAAAUACAGAUUUAUGUCCUGGAUUUUCUAAAGGUGGCCAUUUUUUGCACUUUUCAAAUUGCCCACUCAUCGUAGGUUAAGGCGACAUUGAGAUUUCAACCAUCAUUUGCUCUCUCUUAACAGUCAAUACGGUAGUCCCUAGCAAUGCUGCACUCGGAGGAGCCCAACACAGAACACACAGGUUCACCGGUGUGGCCCUGCCUCGUGGUUCAACAGUUACUCAAGCUUGGUAGAAUGAACAGUUACUCCUGAACGGUCAGUGCGAUUAAACCCAUUCAAACGGUUCCUGAAAGUAGAAAGUGAGAGCUUUGGAGUAUGACAUGCACCAACUUAUUUAUGGUAAAAAGAAAGAAAGGAAAACCAAGUGUCAAACCAAAACACUGAGAAGAGAACAAUCCAACUUUGAAACAAAAAAAUAAUCAUUUAGAAAAAGAUAACAGACAAAGGAACGUCAUGUCAAUGACUCCCAUAAGUCAUUGCUGCUGGUGAGACCCUGACUGAAAACUGUGUGGAAAAAAAGGUUAAAUCCCUGGAUCACUCCUCCAAACCGCCAUGAAUUAUGUAUUUACCCCGAGAUGCAAAAAGAUUGAUCGGAGCAGGACUGCAGAUCGAACAAUUGGCCGAAUAUUUGACCACCCUCCCUCCCUGCCUCGCUCCUACGCUUUCUCUCCGCACAAGAAAAGUCCAGUUGUUCCAGGAGCUGUCGUCAUGACAACACAACAGUCCCGCCUCUCACAACUUCAAACCAGAAGCCCACAUGUGCGUCUGCUUCUAAAUCUGGCAGCCGAGCCGAGAGAGCAACAGCUGAAGACCAAACAGUAAAAGUCGGGUCACAGAAGUCCAGGAAGCCGGGGUGGUGGGGGGAGCGGAGGCGGGCGGAGGUUUGUCAGUGGAAAAGCUGACAGCAGAGAGCGAGAGAGAGAGAGAGAGAGAAAGGGGGGGCGACUACUUGAGAGUUGAUCAGUGAAGGCCUCACGCUGCCUUUGAGCUCGAGUUUGUGGACCGUGACACGCCCGACAGCGCCGUCCGAGUCUGACCGAGGUUUUAAAGACAACAGGGAGGAUGAUGACCCAGGAACAGUGCUCUCAUAGGAACAAUGUCCAGAGUUCAGAGAAAGCACAAGUGUACAAAGUGGGAAUCUACGGCUGGAGGAAACGCUGCCUUUACUUCUUCGUCCUGCUGCUGAUGAUCCUCAUCCUCAUCAACCUGGCGCUGACCAUCUGGAUCCUCAAGGUCAUGAACUUCACCAUCGACGGCAUGGGAAACCUCCGGAUCACGGAGAAGGGCCUGAAGCUCGAGGGCGACUCCGAGUUCCUCCAUCCGCUUUAUGCCAAAGAAAUCCACUCCAAACCAGGUCGUCCUCUCUUCCUGCAGUCGUCCAGAAACGUGUCGGUCAACGUGGUCAACAGCAACAACCAGCUGCUCACCCAACUUGUGACAGGAUCCAGUGGAUUUAAAGCUCGGGGGAAAAUGUUUGAAGUCAAAUCCACCUCGGGGAAACUGCUCUUCUCCGCGGACGAGCAGGAGGUGGUGGUCGGAGCCGAGCGCCUCCGAGUGAUGGGAGCCGAAGGAGCCGUGUUCAGCAAGUCGGUGGAGACGCCGCACGUCCGAGCCGAACCCUUCAAGGAGCUGAGGCUGGAGUCGCCGACACGCUCGCUCAUGAUGGAGGCUCCCAAAGGAAUCCAGGUCCUGGCAGAGGCCGGAGACAUCCAGGCCAUCUGCCGGAACGAACUGCGUCUGGAGUCCAAGGACGGAGAGAUCUCUCUGGACGCCCGCAGGAUUCGCCUGAUGCGGCUGCCUGAAGGAAAGGCCUCCACCAGCUCCUCGUCCGGGACCCGGCAGACGGUCUACGAGGUCUGUGUCUGUGCCAACGGGCGGCUCUUCCUGUCACAGGCUGGAACCGGAUCCACCUGCCAGAUCAGCAACAACGUCUGCCUCUAGGACCCGAACCCCUGACCCUUCCUCCUCGCCCAGAUCCAAACAGACAGUGGGGCUCGUCCCGCCCGAGAAGCUCGGUUCUGACUGAGUCCACGUUGAUGCAAAUGCUGAGGUCCGCACAGGCCAAAGCUGCUUUGAGUUUGUUGGAGUUUAUGCAGCUCCACUUGUACAUUUGAGAAACCUUCAGAGAGACUUGAACAGAACCCGGUCCCAGUACCAGGACUCCACACGCAUACUUUCUAAGAACGGACUUGAUCUUGGACUCCUCUCCUUCAAGAGUUUCUCCGAACCAGAACCUAGUCUGCAAUUGCGAAAACGUUCCCACUUCAGAUCAAGUUUCAGUCUGACAGUUGACCGCACUCUGGUGUGAGAACCCCUCACACCGCAGUCCAAUAACCUCCUGUUGCUGCUGCUGCUGCGUUCGCCGACCUGCCGCUGGUUCUGAGAGCGUCUUGGAAGAAUUCUCAAAAAUCCUGAAAAUGUUCACGCGUGUGAGGAGAAGGAGGAGGAACUGUGCCUGUGCCUUACGUCGACGCACCGCUGGCAAGAGAAGAAAAAGAAGAAGCACAUCAGACUUUUAUCAUCAACCACUUCAUUUCUCUUCACGAGUUUGUCUCACGCUGAGCUCAAAGACCUGCAGCCGAGUCUCGGAGACGACGACUCGGAAUCCUCGGUCGAGUCAGGCGAUCAGUCAUGUGACAAGUUUCGCUGAUCGUUUCUCCUCACGCUUUCAAUUUCUCUAAGUCACGUCUUGGCUUUUCUGGAGUCAGUGAGACUAGUGAUCUGGAUUUUUCAGCCUGGAAUUCAUUCCAGAGAACAAGCCCCAUGUGAGCCACUAACGCUCUUAAACCCAACAUGCUUUAACUCUUCGGAGGAUUGUUACAGAGCCGUUUCCGAGAGCUCCCGUCCAUGUUGCGCAGAACGAGAAGAACCUUUUCUACUGCUGUACAUACUCAACACAUGGAACCAGAUGAGGACUUUUCUCACACUUUUUGUACAACCGACGUCCGUGUGCGUUUUCUACUCUCUUGCUCCGGUUCUUCUGCUGCAGGUCUUUGGGUCCGCCGCGCUCGAGUUGGUCGUACGUUCCUUUCUGAAUCGUCUCCGACGUCCGGAGGCGGCGAGCGAGUCUCUUAGCUUCACUCUGAGUUUGAGUCACCGAUGGGUUUGAAGGGUGAUGCCCAGCAGGGGGCAGACUAACACAGAUACUGACAUUUUGACGUUUGCUGCUUGUGUGUGAGUUUUGAAGUUUCUUUUUUUCAUUCAGAAAAUAAGCUCAGUUGAAAUGUCAGGCAUGAAGAAGCAGCGAUUGGAGAACAGAGGAACCAAGAAAAAGGCGAAGCAAUCUGGAAAAAAAUGAAGUUCCUCAAGGCCUUCAUCCCCUUGUCAAACUUCAAAUUGUAAUACUCAAGUCAGGAAUGACAUAUAAAGGUGUUCAACUUUGUCCUUUUCAGUCUGAGAUUGUGGGACGUUGUCAAGAAUUUGAGAGGAAAACGCUGCGUGUUACCUGGAGUAAUUUAUUUUGCGUUUUCUUUGAGAUGUUGACGUGUGUUUGUUUCUUAUUUAUCACCUUUCAUUUCCUGUUUUUCUUUCUUCAGUCCAAACUGCCGUUUAUGAAACCGUUUUCAGCGAUGCCAAAAUAAACGGCUUUGUUCCACACCUGUGCCGCAGUUUGUUGGAUUGUGUCCACGUGUAUCUCUGCUCG